GUCUUGAUCGUUUAUAUCGGGAUAAAAAUAGAGAUGGACAAACAACAACAAUACAUACGUGUAUUUAGACAUUUGGAUAAAAAUGGAGAUGGGAAGAUAUCGCCGUCAGAGCUUCAAAUUUGCAUUGGUGACGAUUUGUCAUUGGAGGAGGCAGAGAUGGCUGCGGCGAUGAUGGAUUCAGAUGGCGACGGGUUGUUAAGCUUGGAGGAUUUGGUGAACGUAGUGGAAGGUGCAAACGAAGAGGAAAAAGUGAACGAUUUAAAAAUGGCGUUCAAGAUGUAUGAAGAAACGGAGGGUAGCGGAUGUAUAACGCCGAAAAGCUUAAGAAGGAUGCUUCGCAAAUUGGGAGAGUCGAGAAGCUUUGAUGAUUGUAAGUUGAUGAUCGCUAAGUUUGAUGUGAACGGUGACGGUGUCCUCAGUUUUGAAGAAUUUAGGGAAAUGAUGUCGUAAUCGUUUCAUAUACAUAUUCAUGAAUGUAUAUAUAUUGUUUUCAUUUGUUUCUGAUAAAUUUAUUGAUAGAGCUUUAUGAUUGUUAUUGCCCGUAAAUGCAACCACCAAAGUCGGAAUUUUGGUCA